AGGCCCACGAGCAUUUAAACAAGGUAGACGACAUGUCGUUUUGAAUAGGAUAGCAGUUCGUCAAUGUUAUAAGCUCGAAGCAUUUUGUAUAUGAGAUGAUUAAAAGUUCUUCCACGCGGAGAGCUGCCGGCCUUAGGCGGUGGGUUUUGCUUUGGCUUUGGCUUUGGUUGUCGUUGAUUGUGAUAAACAAAGUUGAAUCUGAGACAUCAACAUAGUAUAUAUCCAUGCAUAUGUAUAUAUAUAUGCCUCCCAAUCCAAUUCUUCUCAACCUCUCAUUAAUAUAUACAGCCUUUUUAGGCCAUUACAAUGGCGUUCAAACGAAACUUCAACAUAAUGGCGAGGCCAGUCACUUUGUUGGGUCAUUUGGUGGCCAUAUCUAUCGCAGUCUUGAUUCUUGUAUGGAUCCUCCAUUUCAGAGAAGGGGUUGCUUUCAAAUCAGAUAACAAGCUCAAGAUUCUAAAUCUGCAUGUGCUUUUAAUGGUGAUUGGACUCAUCCUAUUUGGAGGGCAAGCUAUAAUGGCAUACAAGUCAAUACCAGCAAAAAAAUACUGGAGAAAAGUGGUGCAUUUGGGGUUGCAUGCAAUAGCAUUAGCUGCUGCAAUUUUUGGGAUUUGUAUGAGUUUCAAGUUUCACCGUGACAUCCAGUUGAAGAAUCUUGUUUCUUUGCACUCUUGGUUUGGUUUGAUCACCGUUUGCUUGUACGGUCUACAGUGGGUAGUGGGCUUCUUUGCGUACUUCUUCCCCGGAGCAGAAUCAAGGAGGAGAGCCAGCUUAAUGCCAUGGCACGUUUACUUUGGAAUAUUCGUCUUCUUAAUGGCAACCUGCACUGCUGAACUAGGGCUGCUUCAAAGCUUGGACACUUGGUUUUUGUUAGGGCACACCCAAGAAAACCUUAUCAUCAACUUCACUGGUCUUCUCAUUUUUCUCUAUGCGGCCACGGUUGUUCUCACUGUCAUUCUUCCACCCCUUUAUUAG